UUCUCGUUGUAAUCGCAGACGCAAACAUCUCCUGCGUUGGAGCUUUCGUAAACGCAAAAUUUUUGUCGAACGCUGAAGACGCGCUAAUACAUACCAUAUAUACAGUUUAAAAAACAAUUUAACGGGUUUUUGGAAGAAGUGAAUGUGAUAAAAUAAUUUAGGCAAAAUCGUGCAUCCACUUAAACUUAAAAAAAUAUUGAUUAAAAGUACUGAUAAUGAAUAAGUUUCACUGUGAAGCAAGAAACAUAUAAAAAGAUGUGUUAAUUCCAAAUAGACAGCAGUCCAUAUCUAAGCGCGCACUUGUUGAAAACAAUUCUCUCAAAAGUAUACAAUUUCUUUAAAAAAUUUCAAAAGACAUUUCACAAACACGCGCCUAAAAUUUCCGAAACGGUGAAAGUUAUUACGUCAACAGCAAAUGUCACAACAAUAAGUCUUACCAUUUAGUUUACAUCUUUCCGUUGAAGAUUUUUUGAGCAAAAGUUCUACAUACGAAAUUUACAUUAUGUUGGGAAGAUUUUUCGUAGUACUUUUAUUGGUUCUAACACCGCAUGCCAUACUCAGUGUUAAACAACGCGAGCUAGAAAUGGUCUAUCAAUGGAAACAAAUGGUAUUUGGCUUCCCUACGGAGGCAGAUCGUCAAGAAGCAAUAGCCAAUGGCAAUUUAGUGCCAGAAAACGCAACACCCAUCGAUGUGGCAACCCAUCAGCACUCAGUAAAGGGAUCACGUGUCUUUACAACAGUACCCAGAUUCACAACGGGCAUUCCGUACACUUUGGCGGUGGUGACUGACGCCAAUGAGGCGAAUGGACCAGUCCUGCAGCCAUAUCCCGAUUACAGUUGGCACAAUUCACAUGGUAGUGAUUGUGAUAAAAUUACUUCUGUAUUCCGUGUGGCAAUCACAGAGUGCAAUCAAAUGUUCGUACUUGAUUCGGGCGUUAUCAGCGGAGUUCAACAUUGUCCACCGCAGCUACUUGUCUUCGAUUUGAACACCGACACCUUAUUCCAUCGUUAUCGUUUCGAAUCAAGCAUGUACGUAGCAGUCGCUUCACUCUUCAUCACGCCAUUAGUUAUUGUGCAUGAUCCCCCGCCGAAAGGACGCUGCCGCAAACUACAAGUCUACAUUGCUGAUGUCACGUUUCAUGGUCUGGUUGUAUAUGACUCGGAAUUAAAUACUGCUUGGCGCGUCGAGAAUAAAUUCAUGUAUCCCGAUCCCGAUCAUGGCACACACUCAAUUGCCAAUGAGAAAUUCAUUUUAAUGGAUGGCAUGUUUGGUUUGGCCAGCGAUCGAGAACAGCUCUACUUCCAUCCACUGGCCAGUGUCAGCGAGUAUGCAGUGCCGUUGAGCGUCAUAAACAAUCGUACCAAUUUUAAGGAGAGUGUGGAUGCCAUGCCUCAGGCUUUUCGAACGGUGGGCAAACGUAGCAGUCCAUGUGCCACCCAGGCGAUGGACAGCCACAAGAAUCUCUACUGUGUUACAUUCAAUCCAAUCAUGUUGACUCGUUGGAGUCCGAAUAAGCCGUACAAUAUUAAGCAUGAGAUCGAAAUACCGGCAGAUCGACAACUGAUUGAAUUUGUAAGCGGCAUGAAGGUGCACAAAAACGAUGUCGGCAAAGAAGAAUUAUGGAUGAUGUCGAAUCGUUUUCAGAAAAUCUCCAGAGGCACUAUGGAUUUUGGUGAAGUUAAUUUCCGCAUUUUGCGUCGACCACUUGAUGACAUACAACAUGCGUCCAUAUCAAGUCAAGAUCUGAGUCAACGACUUAUCUUCACUUGAUUUUGCAAAAGCUUAUACAAUUUUAACAUUGUUGAAACCUUUUAUGGAUAGUUACUGCACAAUAUUCGUAUAUGGUAUAUGCACUUUAUAACAGUAUUUGCAACUCCAGCAGAAAGUAGGAAAUACCUUGUGUAAGCACAAUGCUAAAUUUUCUAAUUGUAGCACAUUAAAAAGCACUCCAACUAUAUUCUGUUAUUGGAUAUUAAUAAAGCUGUAAUAUUAGACUGUAAGGGUUGAGAAGUAUUUGGCCUAACAAUGACAGAACGGCUCUUUGACCGACAAAAUAGCUUUAUUCUUCAAUAUGAGCUCAAUUUAAAAUUGUUUUCUCUAUAUGGCUGAGAAGGUGUAACGGUUCUCCAACAUUUCUAUAAUUUGUUUGUUUCGAUCUUGAGAGAAAAUGAAGCAGGGUCUUCGGAAUACGGUGAGUAGGGGACUAGUCGUACCGUAAUUCUUUCAAUUUCUCAGUCGUAAAGGAAGCUGAAUGUACCGGAAGCGAGUUGCGUGGCUCAAAUCGAACGCAAGCGAUUUUUAAUUGUGACACGUUUUCUCAGUCAGGCCAAAAAUCUUCCAACCUAUGUAAUAUAUGGUUUAGUCAAUUUAUUGGUGCUUUAGAUUCAGAAGUCUUUAAAUCGUUUUCGGAAUUAAACGCAGUACUU